GUGGAUGUUACAGAAGCAUCAGCCAAUGGCUGUAAGGGCUCACAAAUUUUUUUUAAAUUACUUAUUCUGAUUUUGUUCCAAGCUGGCUUAUAGUUCGGCGUGGCUGGCUGCAUCUUCCAACCCUUACAUUUUAGUGUGAUGACUGUGGCCCAGCCCUUCCCUUCCUUUCCGUUCUCAGCCAGAUUGAUGACGGAAAUGGAAGGAUAAAGAUGUUACCAGGCAGGCCCUCCCUGGCUCCUUCUGGGGCGGUGGGAGCCUUCGGUUUGAGGCUGUAUGUCAGUGUUUUAAGCUCAGAAGUUGGAAAUGGUUUCUACGACCAGAGUAGGCACUCUGUUUUGUAGGAUGGGACUUUGCCCCCAGAGUUUAAUCAAAGCUCAGGUUUCUUUCCAGCAGUGAUGCAACAUUUAAGCAGAUCUUUCCAUUAACCACAGAUGGAGUUUUAUCUGAGAGUUUUGUGUGCUAGAGCCAUUCGAAGUGCAAACAAAAAGUUCCUGGCAAAUUCAAGCACAUAGACAGUGAAAUGGUUCCAACAACAAGAAGUUAAACGCAGGGUGAAGAGACAGGUGCGAAGUGACCCUCAGACCCUCUAUUUCAACGACCCCAUUUGGUCCAACAUGUGGUACAUGCACUGUGGUGACAAGAACAGCCGCUGCCGAUCAGAAAUGAACGUCCAGGCAGCGUGGAAGAAGGGCUACACUGGGAAAAACGUGGUGGUCACCAUCCUUGAUGAUGGCAUAGAGCGGAAUCACCCCGACCUGGCACCAAACUAUGAUUCCUAUGCAAGCUAUGAUGUCAACGGAAAUGAUUAUGACCCAUCUCCACGCUAUGACGCCAGCAAUGAAAAUAAACACGGUACUCGUUGCGCCGGAGAGGUCGCCGCUUCAGCCAACAACUCUUACUGCAUCGUGGGCAUAGCAUACAAUGCCAAAAUAGGAGGCAUCCGCAUGCUGGACGGCGACGUGACGGAUGUGGUUGAAGCCAAGUCACUGGGCAUCAGACCCAACUACAUCGACAUUUACAGCGCCAGCUGGGGACCAGAUGAUGACGGGAAGACGGUGGACGGGCCUGGCCGACUGGCUAAGCAGGCCUUCGAGUAUGGCAUUAAAAAGGGCCGGCAGGGCCUGGGUUCCAUUUUCGUCUGGGCCUCUGGGAAUGGCGGGAGAGAGGGGGACCACUGCUCCUGUGACGGCUACACCAACAGCAUCUACACCAUCUCCGUGAGCAGCACCACCGAGAACGGUUACAAGCCGUGGUACCUGGAGGAGUGUGCGUCCACCCUGGCCACGACCUACAGCAGUGGCGCGUUUUACGAUCGGAAAAUCGUCACCACGGAUCUGAGGCAGCGCUGCACGGACGGCCACACGGGGACCUCGGUUUCAGCCCCCAUGGUGGCGGGGAUCAUCGCCUUGGCUUUAGAAGCAAAUAACCAGUUAACCUGGAGGGACGUCCAGCACCUGCUGGUAAAGACAUCCAGGCCGGCACAUCUGAAAGCCAAUGAUUGGAAAGUCAACGGUGCCGGUCAUAAAGUCAGCCAUCUCUAUGGAUUCGGCCUGGUGGACGCAGAGGCCCUGGUCACGGAGGCGAAGAAGUGGACAGCAGUGCCCGCCCAGCACGUGUGUGUCGCCACCACAGACAAGAGACCCAGGAGCAUCCCCGUGGUGCAGACUCUUCGGACCACCGCCCUGACCACUGCCUGUGCUGACCACUCAGACCAGCGCGUGGGCUACCUGGAGCACGUGAUGGCUCGCAUCUCUAUUUCCCACCCGCGCCGGGGAGACCUCCAGAUCCACCUCAUUUCUCCCUCAGGAACCAAGUCUCAACUAUUGGCCAAGAGAUUGCUGGAUCAUUCCAAUGAAGGGUUUACAAACUGGGAAUUCAUGACUGUGCACUGCUGGGGAGAAAAGGCUGAGGGGGAAUGGACCUUGGAAAUCCAAGACAUGCCGUCCCAGGUCCGCAACCCAGAGAAGCAAGGGAAAUUGAAAGAAUGGAGCCUCAUCUUGUACGGCACCGCCGAGCACCCUUACAACACCUUCAGCUCCCAUCAGUCACGCUCUCGGAUGCUGGAGCUCUCGGCCCCCAUGCUGGAGCCCCCCAAGGCUGCUCUGUCACCGCCCCAGACCGAGGUUCCUGAGGACGAAGAGGACUACACAGCUCCUUCCACCCACGGCUCUCCUAAUAUUUUACAGACCAGUCUGUGCCAUCCGGAGUGUGGAGACAAGGGCUGUGAUGGACCCAAAGCAGACCAAUGCUUGAACUGUGUCCACUUCAGCUUGGGGAGCGUGAAGACCAGCAGGAAGUGUGUGAGCGUGUGCCCCCUGGGCUACUUUGGGGACACAGCAGCAAGACGCUGUCGCCGGUGCUACAAGGGGUGUGAGACCUGCUCGGGCAGGAGCCCGAUCCAGUGCCUGUCCUGCCGCCGUGGGUUCUAUCACCAUCAGGAGAUGAACACCUGUGUGACAUUCUGUCCUGCUGGAUUUUAUGCUGAUGAAAGUCAGAAAAAUUGCCUUAAAUGCCACCCAAGCUGUAAAAAGUGCGUUGAUGAACCAGAAAAAUGUACUGUUUGUAAAGAAGGAUUCAGCCUUGCACGGGGCAACUGCAUUCCAGACUGUGAACCAGGCACCUACUUUGAUUCUGAGCUAAUCAAAUGUGGGGAAUGCCAUCACACCUGCCAAACCUGUGUGGGGCCCAGCAGAGAAGAAUGUAUUCACUGUGCGGCAAACUUGCACUUCCAAGACUGGAAAUGUGUGUCAGCCUGUGGCGAAGGUUUCUACCCAGAGGAGAUGACGGGCUUGCCCCACAAAGUGUGCCGAAGGUGUGACGAGAGCUGCCUGAGCUGCGAAGGCUCCAGCAGGAACUGCAGCAGGUGUAAGACGGGCUUCACGCUGCUGGGGAACACGUGCAUCACCAACCACACGUGUAGCAACGCUGACGAGACGUUCUGUGAGAUGGUGAAGUCCAACCGGCUCUGUGAACGGAAGCUGUUCAUUCAGUUCUGCUGCCGCACGUGCCUCCUGGCGGGGUAGGGGCACCCGGCCGACCGCAGAGGGCCGGGCCCCUCCUGUCCGUCCGUCCACCCGCCUCUUCUCCACACUGUCAGCCCGAGCCUGUCGCAGGGGUGCCCCGCACCCGACAGCUUUAUCUCCCCAGGAGCAAGGUCCUUCUGCGGCAUCCCUGAGCACUCGGCCCAGAUGGGUGGUGGGCCUCGAGGCGGUGUCCCUCAGACAGCGGUCGCCUCUCAAACUCUGCUUACCGGCUCCGUUCUUCUGGCAGACCCCCCAACGGGAACAACAGGAAUGCCGGGAAUCCACAGCUCCAGCUUCGGAGCAGCUUCUGGGACCAUAAGUUUACUGAAUCUUCAAGACCAAAGCAGAAAGGCAAGAUGCUUGGCUUCACACAUCACUCUUCGCCCCGUGCUUUCGUGCAGCCUCAGUGAAUCUCACCUGCCGGGCCCGGGCCCCGGGCUCCCGGUGUGGGACGCCCGGCCCAGCGCGUACCUCCUCCCCCGCUGGCCACAGAGCACUCUGGGGACGGUCUGGUCAGACUGUAAAUAAGAUAGACUUGGGGGUGUAAAAUAUAUGACCACUGGGGAGGACGUCUGUUUCUCCACAGUCGGCUACUUCUGGAGCUGCAGCGAAGUCUUAGAAUGUCCCAUUCCACAUCUGGAUGGGAAGACCCUUCCUUUCGCCACCGCACUGUCCUGGAGGUGAGCCGAGCGCACCUUGUCACCGCGUUCUGUCGUGUCUCCAGGAGUCUCCUGGUCCGAAUGAACACCUCGACCUGACACAGAGCCUUCUGAGGAGGGUCCCCAGGAGGCAUCUGGGGGGCCAGCCACAAGGAGCCCCAGUGACUUAAGCAAUUCCUCUUCCCCAAAUGGAAACCCAGCCCAAGAGUCAUUAAUCCUAUCGCUGCCCAUUUCGUGGAAUUGCUUUUGAAAUACCCUUGGCCUCUGCUCGCUGGGAGACUUGUUCCUGAGGUGGAUGCUCCUGUGUCUGUGUUCUAUGAGCCUAACGACACGGUUGGAUUGAUUUCUGCCAAACCUGUGUAGGCAUUUUAUAAGCUACAUGUUCUAAUUUUUACCAAUGUUAAUUAUUUUGACAAAUAUUUCAUAUAUUUUCAUUGAAAUGCAGACCUGCUUGAUCAGUUCCCUUCAAUAUGGGAGUGACAUUUGCCUUAAAUUUUUUCGAGCUCGUUCUCCAUUUUUGUCCUGCUCCCCUCUUUGACUGUAAUGCAUUUGCCUUGUCCCCUAGGAGCUGGGGGAACUCAGCUAUUGUUUUUUGAAUCCACAACUUCAAAAGAGAAAUUCACAAAGCAAAUACAAUGUUAACCCUAAGUUAAUAAAAGAGUUAACAUCCCAUGACAAAGAAGCCUGUAUUUCUUUCCAAGGCACAAUGAUGAAACGAUGAAACGUG